UGUGUGAUGAAAACGUGUUACUAACCCCGUUCGGCGAUAAUCAAAUGAAUCUGAUUGGGAUAUUCGAUACAUAUCUUGGACUUCCAAGACACCUACAGUGUAAUUACGCACGAGACUCCUAUAGUCGAUCUACGUUUCCCUCGCUGCAUUGAGACACCACUAAACAACGAUUAGGUAUCAGUGUUUCAACAUACAAGAUCUGAAUUACAGCGACCUCAAUGCAAAUCUGAAAGGAGGAUACAGCAACAGCGACCAGAGUUGUGGAAAGUAUUUGUAUGUGAGAUCACGGAGGUUUCACCGUGAGCGUCUCGUCAGUUCAAAUUGACCUAACUCUGCUUGGUUUGAUCGCUGCUUAGUCAAUAGGAAAGAUACCGUUCAGCGAAUGGACUGAAGACUCUGACAUUCCACUAGUAGCCAAGAUAAGCUUUACGUAGCUACCAGCUGGUUGCUAAGAAGGGUUAAACUGUAUCUAAAGGGAGUUGGAAAACCCAGCCUUUUCUUCCACACGGAUCAACUCAUUGGGUGGGAGCUGAGAGAGAGACAAGAGUCCCCAGCAAAUCAGGACCUAAUUGAUUAAAGAGACUUAAUUUGAAUAGGGGGCUGGCGAGGUGCCAAUAGCCUUUCAAGGAACCCCCGAAUGAUUAAUCGCAAAGCAUUAUUGAUAAUCAUAACAGGACACAUGCGCGGUGGAUGGACUCGAUUUUCGUAAUUUUGAGCAGAUUUUUUAGCAAUUUUUUAUUCUUUCUUGGCUGAUGUGUGAGCCAGCAUGUCGCGGAGGAAACAAGCAAAGCCGCAACAUUUCCAAUCGGACCCUCAUCUGGCUUUAUCCGAGCACAAUGGGGACACAGAAGAGCCCUGCUCUGAGGAAGACCCCCCCUGCAAGGAGUCAGAUGCCCAUGUCUGUAGCAGAUGUUGUGCUGAGUUCUUUGAACUAUCAGAUCUUGAACAACACCAGAAGAAUUGCACUAAGAAUCAAUUAGUUCUGAUAGUGAAUGAGAAUCCUGCCUCUCCUUCCGGAAGCUUCUCGCCUGGCUCCCCUCCACAUAAUCCUGAUGAGCAGAUGAAUGACAUGGCUAAUAACACUGAUCAAGCAGAGUGCAGUGACCUUUUGGAGCAUAACGCUCUCGACAAAGAAGAAUCCAUGGACGUCGACGUUUCCGGAAUCAACGCUCAUUCUGGUCACGACAAUGAUGGAGGCAGCAGCCACAUGGAGGGAGGCAGUAACAUCAACAUGAACACGGGCGAGGGAAAUGGCCACAGCUCCAGUAGGAAGAGCUCCGGACCAGCACCGGGCACCUCGUCCGUCUCUGUCCCCCAGCUACCUCCGCUUGGCAACCUGACUGACCUGGGGAGCAUCUCUAUGAUCAACAGCAAUGUCAUCAUCGAAAACCUGCAGAGCACCAAAGUGGCUGUGGCCCAGUUCACCCAGGAGACGCAGCGCUCCUCUGGGUCCGGGGGCCCCAGGGUGGCAGUGCCGGCCCUGAUGGAGCAACUCCUGGGCCUGCAGCAGCAACAGAUCCACCAGCUGCAGCUCAUUGAACAGAUCCGUCACCAGAUCCUGCUACUGGCCUCCCAGUCCCCUGAAAUGGUGCCCCCCAGCAUCUCAACACCAGGAGGCUCGUUGGGGCCGUCAGCCAACCCACUGACCACGCUCAGCUCCCAUCUCUCACAGCAGCUGGCUGCAGCUGCGGGCUUAGCACAGAGCCUGGCUAGCCAGUCUGCCAGCAUCAGCAGCCUGAAGCAGCUGGCUGAAAAGGCGCAGCUACCUCAGAGCAACAAUCCCAGCAGGGGUGAAUCAUCUCAGAGCAUCAGCUCACUGGGAUCGUCCACAGUCAACAACGUCCAGUCGUCCUCUGACAAGAGGCCAAUACAUGCGAUCAGCAGCAACCUCCACUCUCAGCUCAGUAACCCAUCACACACUAAGUCAUCCAUGCCAGCCUUUGGGAUAGGUAACCUGUUGAACCCUGUAACUAAUCCACAUCUACCUCAACCCCCAUCUGGAAACCACCUGUUUUCCAGCUCCCUGCCCAGUAUUGGCACCACAGUGGAGGACCUCAACUCUCUGGCUGCGCUGGCCCAGAGGAAAGGCAAGUCACCAACUUCAUUUGAACCCAAGAGCAGCUCAGAGGAGGCGUUCUUCAAGCAUAAGUGCAGAUUUUGUGCCAAGGUGUUCGGGAGUGACAGUGCCUUGCAGAUCCACCUGCGGUCUCACACAGGUGAGAGGCCGUACAAGUGUAACAUCUGUGGCAAUCGCUUCUCCACCCGCGGUAACUUGAAGGUCCACUUCCAGCGUCAUAAAGAGAAGUAUCCACAUGUUCAGAUGAAUCCAUACCCUGUCCCCGAGCAUUUAGACAAUAUUCCAACGAGCACCGGCAUUCCAUAUGGUAUGUCAAUGCCUCCAGAGAAGCCUGUGACCAGCUGGCUGGACAGCAAGCCUGUUCUCUCCACUCUGACCUCAUCAGUGGGCAUGCUGCUCCCACCAACCAUACCCAGCCUGCCGCCAUUCAUUAAAAAAGAGGAUCAUUCGGUAGCCAUAACCAGCCCCCCCAUUUCGACAAAGACUGACUCCGGUCGUGACGCUGCUGAGCCAUCAAUGAAAAGCAACGACGGGUUGUCUGAAGAAGCUGCUGCCCUGCCUACAUCAAACGGGAAAACUGAAGAGGGCAGUCACUCGUCGAGCUUCAUGGCGAGCGUGAGCUCUGAGUCUGAGCGCAACACAGAAUACACAACCUCCAACAGCCCACCUAUGAUGACCAACCCUCUUAUGCCCCUCAUGUCUGAGCAGUUCAAGGCUAAGUUCCCGUUCGGGGGCCUCUUGGACCCGCUCCAGGGGUCGGAGACCUCCAAGCUGCAGCAGCUGGUGGAGAACAUCGACAGGAAGUUGACGGACCCCAAUGAGUGUGUCAUCUGCCACCGUGUGCUCAGCUGUCAGAGCGCUCUGAAAAUGCACUACCGUACUCACACUGGAGAGAGGCCCUUCAAGUGUAAAGUGUGUGGCAGAGCCUUCACCACCAAAGGGAACCUGAAGACCCACUACACCGUCCACCGGGCCAUGCCUCCACUCAGGGUCCAUCACUCCUGCCCCAUCUGCCAGAAGAAGUUCACCAACGCAGUGGUCCUGCAGCAGCACAUCCGAAUGCACAUGGGAGGGCAGAUCCCAAACACCCCACUGCCAGACAGCUACCCUGAGUCCAUGGGCUCCGACACAGGCUCCUUCGAUGAGAGGAACUUCGAUGAGAACUUCGAUGACCUGGACAACUUCUCUGAUGAUGAUAUGGAGGGGAUGGAAGGAGUAGAAGGGAUGGAAGAUGGCCCUGACAGCAGCGUCCCAGACACCCCUAAGUCAGCUGACGCCUCCCAAGACAGCCUGUGCAAUUCCCCCUCUCACCCCGAGAUGGUCGUUCAGGACGGGCAGGAGAAAAAUCAUCAUGCCCAUCACAAUGCCUACCACAAUACCCACCAUGAUAUUGACUAUAGAAUCCACCACAACAACCACCAUAACAAUCAGCUUAACAGCCACCAUGACAAUCAGCAUCACAACCACCAUAACCCCCACCAGAGGCUGGUAGAGGAGCUACAGGCCAGCAGAAUGAAGGCCAUGGGGAACGGAGGUUCAAUGGAAGGGGACUGCCUUACUAACGACUCCUCAUCCCUAGGUGGGGACAUCGAGAGCCCGAGUGCCGGGAGUCCAGCAGUGUCAGAAUCUACCUCUUCCAUGCAGCCCCCAUCCCCCACCAAUGGGCACCCCCAACAUCACCGUAAAUCCCCCAGCUUGGAGGAAAGACAGGAGAGACAGGAGAGGCACCAGAGGGCUUUGUCCCUGGAUCACAUCAGUGCCAGCCUCAUGCAGCAUCACCCUUCUAGCCUCGGGGCCCUGGACCUGACAUCCUGCAACCCGUCUAAAGACCCACUGGGCAUGCUCUUCCCAUUCCGUGAGCGUGGCACGUUCAAGAACACGGCCUGUGACAUCUGUGGGAAAACGUUUGCAUGUCAGAGUGCCUUGGACAUCCACUACCGAAGCCAUACCAAAGAGAGACCGUUCAUUUGCACAGCCUGUAACCGGGGCUUCUCGACCAAGGGCAACCUGAAGCAGCACAUGCUCACCCACCAGAUGAGGGACUUGCCCUCGCAGCUCUUCGAACCCUCUAACACCAGCCUCUCCUCCAGUCCGACCCCCUCCCUCCUCUCUGUGAACUCCCUGUCCUCCAUGAUCAAAUCAGAGGUCAACGGCUUCCUCCAUGGCCUCCACCACCACCAGGACCACCACAGGGACCACCACAGGGAUCACCACAGGGACCACCAGGACCGAGAUCACCAUAAGGACAUGCCCAGCAACAUGCCCCAUGGCCUGGUGACCACCUCGGCCUCUACAUCCCCAGUGCUCUCGGCCUCUGCCCCUCCACGCCGGACACCCAAGCAGCACUACUGCAACACUUGUGGGAAGACCUUCUCAUCCUCCAGCGCUCUGCAGAUACAUGAGAGGACCCACACUGGGGAGAAGCCCUUCGCCUGCCACAUCUGUGGUCGGGCUUUCACCACCAAAGGAAAUCUCAAGGUUCAUAUGGGCACACACAUGUGGAACAGCGCCCCUGCCAGACGCGGCCGCCGGCUCUCUGUAGACGGCUCCAUGGCCUUCCUGGGCACCAACCCUGUCAAGUUCCCAGAGAUCUUCCAGAAGGACAUGGUGUCUAGGGUGGGCAACGGAGACCCGGCUAGCUUCUGGAACCAGUACGCUGCAGCCUUCUCCAACGGCCUGGCCAUGAAGACCAACGAGAUCUCUGUCAUCCAGAACGGAGGCCUGCCGUCUCUGUCGGGGAGCAUGGGGAACGGGGGCAGCUCGCCCGUGGGCGGCCUCACAGGCAACCUGGAGAAGCUGCACAGUACAGAAACCAGUGCCGCUCUGGCUGGGCUGGAGAAAAUGGCCAACGCAGAGAACGGGACCCACUUCCGAUUCACACGUUUCAUGGAGGACAACAAAGAGAUUGCCACCAACUAGAUACUUUUUCUCUCUCAUAUGUACACACACACACACACACACACACACACACACACACACACACACACACACACACACACACACACACACACACACACACACACACACACACACACACACACACACACAUAGUGAGAGAAAAGAGAAAGAGAACCAGGCAAAGACAAAGAAUGACUUGGCUUUGGCUUGCCUUUGAAAUAUUACCAACAUGAGUGUGAAGAGAACUUGCCUUUUUGUACAAUGUACAACAUGUUAUAGUUUUAAGGAGCUUAUUUAUUAGUGAUUAUAACCUUGCUUGGAACCAAGUGGAAGCAUUAACAGUUAGUUUUUUUCUGUUCUACAGCCAGAAUGGGUAUGAGCUGAAAGUAAGCUGUUGAAACUUUAGCAUAUCUUUACCUUGGCAUUAAGUUAUUUUUGUCUGUAGUAUAUAGCUUUAACACAACUGUUGAUGUUCAUGUGAUGCAUUUGAUCUGUAAUAAGUGAAACAGAAUGGCUGUAAAUAAUGUACACUGAUCUACUCUAGAUGGUCUAACAGAUGUGUAUUAACGUUCCCCCAUGAAAAGAAUCAUUGAGACUUCAGGCAAGGGACUAUGAUUACACUGUAGUCAUUUCCUUAUCAACCGCUGUUGAUCUUUUAUUUAAGGAAAAUGCAAGCUUUCAAGCAUUUCAAGUGUUUAUUUAGAGUUACAGUAGGCCUAACCUGUUUUGUUCAUUCAUUUUAUUCUAUGUAUUGUACUUUUUUUCUUUCUUCCAUAGUUCCAUUUUUUUCUUCUUGAUCUUUUUUUUGUAUUGCUUUUUUGUGUAAAGUUUAACACAAAACAGUUGUGUUGUUAGAGGAGAUGAUGAAUUCAGAGAGGUUCGCUUCCGGGUUUGAACUGAGAAGAGAUGUGGGUGGGAUUCUCCUAUAGGUCAUCUGCUGGAUUUCCACAUUGCUGCUAUGUCCUCAGCAUCCUCAUUGGCAUCAAGUGCAACAUAUGUGUUGACGUCUAUGUAAAUAAUGUAAGACGUGAGAACUAGAAAUUCCAUCACAACAAAAUGUACAUAUAAAGCUCAUAAGACAAAGUCCAUCUUGGCUAGGGGACAAAUGAUAGUGUUUUUAUAAAUAUAAAUAUAUAUUAGGUUUGACAACCUUCGGACUGUUACAUGCACUUUCUUGGAAAGUUGGAAGAUCUUUAUGGGUCCAGUUUCUCUACACUUUAAUACCUACUAACAACUAAGAUACUGUCAUUCUUUACUCUAUUAUUCAAAUACAUCCGUUUUCCAAAAGAAAA